AUGUGGCGUGUCUGUGCUCGGCGGGCCCAGAACGCGGCCCCAAGGGCGGGAUUUGGGGCUCGCUGCACGGCGUUGAAAGAGGGACCUGGAUCUCUGUGCGUGACCCUGCGAACUGGCCGGUCUCCGGCUCUGACUCGUUGCAAAAGCACCAGUACCAGGUAUGGAGGGGUCCGUGCACUCUGUGGUUGGAACCCCAGCACUCGACCCUCACAACGAAAUCGCUUCCUGCUGCAGCUUUUGGGGUCGUCCGGCCGCCGCUGUUACAGUCUACCCCCUCAUCAGAAGGUUCCUUUGCCAUCUCUUUCCCCUACAAUGCAAGCAGGCACCAUAGCCCGUUGGGAAAAAAAGGAAGGGGAAAAAAUCAAUGAGGGUGAAUUAAUUGCAGAGGUUGAAACUGAUAAAGCCACGGUUGGGUUUGAGAGCCUGGAGGAGUGCUAUAUGGCAAAGAUACUUGUUGCUGAAGGUACCAGAGAUGUUCCAGUGGGAGCGAUCAUCUGUAUUACAGUUGAAAAACCUGAGGAUAUUGAGGCCUUUAAAAAUUAUACUUUGGAUUCCUCGGCAGCACCUACCCCACAAGCAGCCCCAACACCAACCCCUGCUGCUUCACCACCUACACCUUCUGCUCAGGCUCCUGGUAGUUCAUACCCCACUCACAUGCAGGUGCUUCUUCCUGCCCUCUCUCCCACCAUGACCGUGGGCACAGUUCAGCGAUGGGAAAAAAAAGUGGGUGAGAAGCUAAGUGAAGGAGACUUACUGGCAGAGAUAGAGACUGACAAGGCCACCAUAGGUUUUGAAGUACAGGAAGAAGGUUAUCUAGCAAAAAUCCUGGUUCCUGAAGGCACGAGAGAUGUCCCUUUGGGAACCCCACUUUGUAUCAUUGUUGAAAAGGAGGCAGACAUACCAGCAUUUGCAGACUACAGGCCGACUGAAGUAACUGAUUUAAAACCCCAAGCCUCACCACCUAGCCCACCACCGUCUGUGGCCCCUGUUCCUCCAACUCCCCAGCCUAUAACUCCUGCACCAUCAGCUGCUCGCGCAGCCGCUCCUGCUGGACCAAAGGGAAGGGUAUUUGUUAGCCCUCUUGCAAAAAAAUUGGCAGCGGAAAAAGGGAUUGACCUUACACAAGUAAAAGGAACCGGACCAGAUGGCAGAAUCAUCAAAAAAGACAUUGACUCUUUUGUGCCUACCAAAGCUGCUCCUGCCCCUGCAGCUGCUGUGUCUCCUCCAGCUCCUGGAGUGGCACCAGUUCCUACAGGUGUCUUCACAGACAUCCCAAUCAGCAACAUUCGCCGGGUUAUUGCACAGCGGUUAAUGCAGUCUAAGCAAACCAUACCUCAUUACUACCUUUCUAUUGAUGUAAAUAUGGGAGAAGUUUUGUCAGUACGGAAAGAACUUAAUAAGGUGAUAGAAAAGAGUGGUGGCAAAAUAUCAGUCAAUGAUUUCAUCAUAAAAGCUUCUGCUUUGGCGUGUUUAAAAGUUCCUGAAGCAAAUUCUUCUUGGCUGGACACAGUUAUAAGACAAAAUCACGUUGUUGAUGUUAGUGUCGCCGUCAGUACUCCUGCUGGACUCAUCACACCCAUUGUAUUUAAUGCACAUAUAAAAGGGCUGGAAACCAUUGCCAGUGAUGUUGUUUCUUUAGCAACCAAAGCUCGAGAGGGUAAGCUACAGCCACAUGAGUUCCAGGGUGGCACUUUUACAAUCUCCAAUUUAGGAAUGUUUGGUAUUAAGAAUUUCUCUGCUAUUAUUAACCCACCUCAAGCGUGUAUUUUGGCAAUCGGUGCUUCAGAAGAUAGGCUUGUUCCAGCAGAUAAUGAGAAAGGGUUUGACGUGGCGAGCAUGAUGUCUGUUACACUCAGCUGUGAUCAUCGGGUUGUGGAUGGAGCAGUGGGAGCUCAGUGGCUUGCUGAGUUUAAAAAGUACCUUGAAAAACCUGUUACUAUGUUGCUGUAA